AUGUCAGUCACAACCAUUCCGCUCGAACCCCUCAUACCGACCACACGUGCGGAGUCGAGUCACGCCGGUGCAGCCAUGCCAGACGUCCAAUCCGACCGAAUACAAUCCGACAAGAAAGGAAUAAUGGAGAUUGAGGUCAGCGAAGGCAAGGCUAUGUCGACCAAGGGCUUCACUGGAACAUCCUCAUGUAGAGAAAAACAACAUUCGACAGGCCUCCAUUUCCUGACUGCAGACCACCCGCUCUUCCCACCCAUGCCCUCGUACGGUCCCCCAUCUGCAUUGCGCAGGGUCCACCACUAUAUGUUUAUCAUCGCCUCGUUCUUUCUGUCGCUAUGCUUUUUGGCGGCGGUAUUUGUCGGGGCCUUGUUCCGCACAGCUGUAGUCGCAAUUUCUGAAAUCCGAUUAAGAUGCAGCGGCCAGAAUCCAGAUACGAUGAGGUCGUUCUAUAAAGAGGAGACCGAGCGCAGGAAGGUCAGGGUCAAUGCAGAUCGGAGGUGGGCUCUGCGCCAGCAGAAAAGGGAUAUGGAUGAGGAACAGGGACCCGAAGAAUGCCAAGAAUGCCCGUCGUUGGAAGGAGGCAAGGAUAUUUUGGUUAGCGAUGUUGCAUACUAUGCCCGGCGAGUUGGUCUUGACGUGGAAACAUUUCGGGUUCAGACUGAGGACGGUUUCAUCAUCACCCUGUGGCACGUUUACAAUCCCCAGGAGUAUGACGCAUUAUCACCAGAAGAGCGACGUGAGCGUGGGCCGGAUGUUUUCACCAAGCCGAAAACCCCGUCUACACCCCGUCCACAAUUAAAUCGUCGAUAUCCUGUUCUCCUGGUCCAUGGACUGCUGCAAAACUCGGGUGCAUUCUGCACCAACGACGAGGAUAGUCUCGCAUUUUACCUAUGCAAGUCUGGGUAUGACGUCUGGUUAGGGAAUAACCGCUGUGGAUCGCACCCUGAGCACACCACUUUGUCGGCCGACGACCCGCGUAUGUGGUCGUGGGAUGUCCGGCAUCUUGGGACGCUGGAUCUUGCAGCACUCACUUCACGGGUGCUCUACGAGACUGGAUUCGAGAAGCUAGGUCUCGUUUGCCACUCCCAAGGAACCACGCAGACAUUCGUUGCUCUAGCCAAAGACCAUCGCCCUGAAUUGGGUGAAUAUAUCUCUGUUUUCUGCGCACUUGCACCGGCUGCAUAUGCCGGGCCGCUUGUGAGCAGACCAUAUUUCCGUUUCAUUACCCUUCUUCCUCCGGCGAUGUUCCGACUUAUCUUCGGAAUUCACUCUUUCAUUCCCUCCAUGAUGACUGCCCAGCGUCUGCUGCCGUCUAGGGUAUAUGGAACCCUAGCGUAUUGGGUCUUCUCCUUUUUGUUCGACUGGUCAGACACGCGAUGGGAGCGUGAUCUUCGCCACCGAAUGUUCCAGUUCGCUCCUGUCUAUGUCAGUGUUGAGUUGAUGCGCUGGUGGCUGGGAAGUGAGAGCUUCGCAAAACAUAAAUGCAUUCUGUCUACAGAAAACGAGCUCCUUCUUGAGACAAACACGAACUCGCAUAGACGAGACACUGUUUCUGAGCAUGGUGACGAUCCGCGAGACGCAUGUUUGGGAAGUCCGGCCCCAGCCCCCUGGUAUGGGCCGAAAACACCCCCGUUUGCAUUUUGGAUCGGAGGCUCUGAUGCUCUUGUUGAUGGUCGCCGACUUCUGAAUCGCUUCCAGAGCGGCCGUGAACCCCAUGUGAGCCUCGUUCAUUCGAAAGUCAUCGAGGAAUAUGAGCAUCUCGAUGUCCUUUGGGCAAUGGAUGCGAUCGAGCAGGUUGGAAAGGAGGUCAACCAGGUCAUUUGGACAAGUAUGCCCGAUGACGCACGUCGGAUAUGUCGUGCGCCUCGCGGUGUGAACCUAGACAUGGUAGACAUAGGCUAG